CUGCCACUCUGCCAAAGCAUGGCCAGGAGACAGAAGAACUGCUGGGGACAGCAUGACCUCAACAGAGUGUGCUUUGGCCUAAGUGCCGACAUGGAACACAACCUGACGCAGUUUCAGCAGCAAAUGGCCAAAGAGUUUAACUACUGGAGUGUCAACCCUGUUGGACCAAUGGAGCAGCAUGUAGCCGGGGUUUAGGCGAGUGUGUCGUCAGUGUAGUGGAGACGAGAGCGGAGCGACCAGCAGCUAUCGCUCCCUGCUCACCAGCUGCUCCUGCAGUCUGGGGCACGUCGGAUGUUUCCACAGAGAAGGUUAUGGGAAGCGCCGCUACGAUUGUGGCCCGUCCUGCAGAUACUGACGAUUCCUGUGUUAAUCAGGGUGUUGUGGCUGAUGUUUGACGAAAAGGGUGAUAGGUUAAGCGGCUGUUUUUCGACAUAUUAUUACUCCUGUUUCCUGUAAGAUACCUCCAUAAAAACAAGGAGGUUUUUUCUCUCUCUCUUCUAAAUAGACUGCGCCGCCUCUCCCCCUGCUGUUUUCCCUCCUACACCAUCACUAAUCUCCAGUUGAGAGUUGCUUUUCUCAUUGCAAGUUGUUUUCCAUGUUUUUUCCUCUGAGAUUCGUUUCCUCUCUUAAGGAAACAACAUUGAAAGCGAAACCUUGUUAAGAAAAUCUGUGCUUUCUUGGUGUACAGUGCAAUUUAGGAUGUUGAGGACAUUGGUUUAAUAUACGAUUAUUUUUCCUUUUCACAGCCAAUAUUUCCCUCCCCCAGUCUCCUCUCUGCUCUGAUACUUAUCGAUUGAUGUCUGAUGACACACAGCGGCCCCAUGAGGGAGACCAGGUGGUCCCUUCUUCCCAGAGACGGACAGUGUUUGGGGGCCUCCAGAGAGGGCCCAAACCCCUGCCACCUCCUCCUGACCCUGAGGAGCUCAUGUCGGAUGAGGCAGCCGAUAACGAGGUGGAGUUUUUUACCAGUGACCGGCGGCGCCUUUUGCCCAGGAGCUGCCCCAGGGCCAUGUCCAGGGGCAAUGACAGAGACUUUGGCCAAGUAAAUCCUGCCUACCAGGAGAGGCUGCUGGAGCCAAUGCCAGCAGGAGGUGAUGGGGUGGGCUCCAUGGCUUUCUCCUGGCCAGGGAGGGAGGACAGACCAACAGGUAGAGGAAGUGGGUUCGGGGCCAACAACUGGGCACCUGCUCUCCACAGGGAAGACCACCAGCAUGUGGCGUCAGCAGCUGGGGAUCCUCUGUGUAGCAAACAGCCGGACCACCACCGCCAGUCAUCCAGAUUUCGUUUCUCCUUCCCUGCUUUCCAGCCGCACAGCAGCAGCCCCACAAUUGACAAGCCACAGAUCCCUCCUCGCGUCCCGAUGCCACGAAAACCUCCUGCUCUCCCAAAGACUGUGAGCGACAACGAGGAAGACAAGCCUCCCAAAGUUCCCCCAAGGAUCCCUUUAGUCCCGCCCUGCCCGCCACGUACCCCGAGCCCCAAAAGCCUUCCAAUUUAUAUCAACGGCGUGAUGCCUGCCACACAGAGUUUUGCUGCAAACCCAAAAUAUGUGAGCAAGGCCUUACAGAGACAGCACAGUGAAAGGUCGCCACCUGCAGCUCAGUUUCCUCCCUGCAUUGUUCCCAUCUUGAGGGACGGCAGACAGGCCAGUGCCACGCACUACAUCCUCCUGCCACCGGGACGACCAGCACGCACAGACCGACGGGAGAGAGUCCUCAGUGAGCCGGCGAGGACGGCAAGCGCAGGAGUCUGGCAGAACAGAUAGAGAACUCUCACACUGUGAACCACACUGAGGUUUAUAACUGAACAUUUUACCAAGUCAGUAUUUUCGCAGCACAUCAAUGUUCCACCCAGAAAACAUCAUAACACCCCCUGUGCCUUGGUUACUAGGAUGCUGCAGUGAAAACAGGGAUAAAAAUGUCUUACCAGUCGUAUAUUUCAAGUCGUUCAGUCGCACGCUCACCUCACUAAAAGAAACUUGAAAUAAUAAAUACAUUUCUGAUAAGUGAGUAAGUAAUUACUGUGUGUACAAGCUGGGCUUGUGCAUGUAUUUUUUAUGACUAUGCUGCUUUCAAUCUUUAGUGUAAUGUAUUAAUAGAUUUAAUGUUUUGCAGAAUCAUUCUCACAAAUUCAAAUCGUUACUUCUAGUCAAUUUGACUGGACAAGAUUGUGGCUCAAUAUUGGAACGACACAAGUGAUAAUUUACGUUUCACGUAUUAUUAUAUUAUUAUAAUUAAAUUUCAGUGGAUUCCA